AUGGAUAACAUUUAUUUUAGCCCGCCCUUUUACGAUGACCUUUUCGAGUCCUUCGCCAUCGAGUCGGCUGCAAUUGCUCCUAGCCAGCCAUCCACAAGAGAUCGUGACCUUCCGGUUUAUUUCCCCACAUAUGAAAACCUGAGUACCGCUCGUGGUGAUCCGGGUGGUCUCAACACCAACAGACCGCCAAACAAGAAAGUUCUUAUCCCCCGAGCUCCAUCGCCCUACCAUCUUACCUGCGGUGGUCGCGUCAGCCGAGCAUGUGGAAACUGUCGCGAGCUGAAAGCCAAAUGUAGCGGACACCAACCAGCUUGCCAACGAUGCCAGCGCGCCGGCCUGCAGUGCUCCUACGGCCACGGGAAGCGCGAGAGGGUACAGAAGCAAAUAGCUGAUCUAACAUCCCGAGUUCAAAUAUAUGAGACUCUUCUGAACACACUCUAUCCUCGACUUGACCCGCCAUCAGCCCAGCUUGUCGAUCUAACUUUGCACAAGUCAAGAGACACCCUGUGGCCCUCCGGCCGCAGACAGAUCGACCCCAUUGCUCGAUUCGGCGAAGAAGACUUGAGCCACAACAAGGUUGUGCAGUCGAUUGAUAUUAUGGGCCAGGACCUGGACCGAACCAGAUGGGAAGAGCAACUGACCAAAGAGCAGUUGGUGGGUAAAGAAGCAUAG